AUGACUCAACCCAAACUCAAAACCACAAUCGCCAUCCUCGGCUGCGGCGACGUAGGCUCCACCCUUGCCUACACGCUCAUCCUGCAACCCAUCUGCUCCGAAGUCCUCCUCGUAGACCUCAAGCACUCCCUCCUCGAAGCCCAAGUCCGCGACCUCUCCGACGCCACCUACCGCGGCGGCAGCGGCGUCCGCGUGCGUGCCGCCACGCACGCCGAAGCCGGGCAAGCAGACAUUGUCGUCAUUACCGCUGGCGCUAAGCAGAAGCCCGGUGAAUCGCGCCUCUCACUCUUAAGUCGCAACUUGCACAUUCUUGAAAGCAUAUUCGGUGCCAUGGCGCCGAUGAAUCCGCAUACGAUUUUACUGCUUGUGGCAAAUCCCGUGGAUAUACUGACGUAUUUUGCGAGGAAGAUGAGUGGGUUGCCCGAGAGCCAGGUAUUGGGCACGGGGACGAGUCUGGACUCUGCGAGGUUGAGGGGCGUGUUGGCGGAGAAGGCGGAGGUCGCGCCGAAUAGUAUUGAUGCGUAUGUUUUGGGGGAGCAUGGGGAUAGUCAGUUUGAAAAGUCUAUUCGAUCAACACUUAUCAUGGCUUCUACAAUUUCACAUCGGCUCAUGAACAUCUGGAGGAGAAAAAGAUUCUGGGGCAUCGCCUGGUCCUCUGCCACAAUCGGCACAACACCCCUCUCUCUUGCACUUCCUCCUUCAACCCUGACUGAGGACUUCAAAGCAAGCAUCUCGGCCCACACACGCGGUGCGGCGGGUGCGAUCAUCGCUGCCAAAGGUUGCACCGCAUUCGGAAUCGGCAACAUUGCCGCUAGCAUCUGCAAAUACAUCUUAUUUGACUCACGUUCUGUGCGCCCACUGUCAUUCUAUCAGCCAGAGCUAGGUUGUUGUCUAAGCAUGCCCGCAGUGAUAGGUAGAAAGGGUAUUAUACGGGCGAUGCCAAUCCAGCUGGAUGAGAAGGAGCAAGCCCAGUUGGAGGCGUGCGCGAAAGGGCUGAGACGUGUGAUUGAAGGGGCAGAGAAGGAAGUGAGUGCGGAUCGGGCGUUGGAGAAGGCAUUGGAGCAGGAUAAGGGGGCUUGAAACGAAAAUAUUUUCCCAGGAUUCGAAAGCUGUAUAUAUUUCUAAACAAAGAAAGGAGGCUUUUUCACAAAAGCAAAUCAGCAACACCCUACUAAGCC